UCCAGAGUUGGCCACCAAAUUUAUAGUUUGAAGCUCUCGUGAUAUAUUUAAUUUCUAUUACUAUCCGAGUUUUGGAUAUUUCCUUUUCUUUCUCUUUGAUUUCAUUAUUUUCUUUUCAUCGAUCAGAUGUUUCUAAACAUAAGACAAGUCCCCUAAUUUACUCUCUUUACCCAAUAUUGUCUAUCUUAUACCUACCUCAUCUUCACAUUCACCUUUAUCUUCAUCAUCCUCCUCCACUUCUUCUCAUGAUGCUAGCAAGAAGGGAACUUCUUAAAUCUUCUCGACGAGUUGCUGAAGCCUCGUCGAGGGGCCUAGCACGACUAAAUGCAACACCCUCACCAAUUUCCAGAGCUGCACUUAUAAGUACUGCAAAACAUUUGUCUAAUGUUACCCUACCAACUCCCAUAUAUCGCACUUAUGCAAAUGGCCGACCUCAUCCACCUGGUGGUACCCACCGAAUGGACUUGGGCGGCGAGCCUGAGAAGCCUGCCCUCGAGCAAUUUGGAAUCGAUCUUACUGCCAGGGCAAAAGAUGGGAAACUUGAUCCCGUUAUUGGUAGGGAUGCUGAGAUCCAACGUACCAUUCAAGUUUUGUCUCGGCGGACCAAGAACAACCCGGUCCUGAUUGGAAGCGCUGGUACGGGAAAGACAGCUAUCUUGGAAGGGUUAGCAUUGCGCAUAGUGCGAGGUGACGUGCCAGAGAGUAUAAAAAACAAGCGGGUCAUAUCGCUGGACUUGGGUUCGCUCAUCGCGGGUGCUAAGUUUCGUGGUGAUUUCGAAGAGCGGCUAAAGAAGGUCCUGACUGAGGUUCAGCAAGCACAUGGGGAAGUCAUCUUAUUCAUUGACGAACUUCACACCCUUCUUGGUCUUGGAAAGGCCGAGGGCUCCAUCGAUGCCUCAAAUCUACUCAAACCCGCUCUUUCGAGAGGAGAACUGCAAUGCUGUGGUGCUACCACCCUGGCCGAGUAUCGUUUGAUCGAGAAAGAUGUCGCACUAGCCAGACGUUUCCAGCCUAUCCUAGUGAAUGAACCCACCGUUGAAGACACAAUAAGUAUACUUCGAGGAAUCAAAGAGAAGUAUGAAGUGCAUCACGGUGUGAGAAUUACGGAUGGGGCCCUCGUUGCGGCCGCGACAUACUCAAAUCGUUACAUCACCGACCGCUUUCUCCCUGAUAAGGCAAUCGAUCUAAUGGACGAGGCAGCAAGUUCAUUACGUCUACAACAAGAAAGCAAACCCGAGGACAUAAUGCGACUGGACCAGAAAAUAAUGACUAUACAGAUCGAGCUGGAAAGUCUGCGGAAAGAGAAGGAUGUAGCGAGCCGUGAACGACGAGAGAAACUUGAAGAGGACCUGAAGAGAUUACAGGAAGAAGAGCAAACGUUAACCAAGAGAUGGGAAAAGGAACGAGGAGAGAUCGAUGCCCUCAAGAAAGUUCAAGGAGAGCUAGACAAAGCUCGCGUUGAACUGGAUCAGGCACAGAGGACUGGAAACUUUGCCCGUGCCUCCGAAUUGCGCUUUGGAAUUAUCCCGAACCUGGAACAGAAGCUUCCAAAGGACGAACAAACCCCUAACGCUGAAGGCCCUGACACCUUGAUUCACGACUCGGUAACAGCUGACGAUAUCGCAAAUGUCGUAUCGAGGAUUACGGGAAUCCCCGUGACUAAACUGACCUCUGGGCAUGUCGAAAAGCUCAUACAUAUGGAAGAUACGCUCCGGGAAUCCGUUCGUGGGCAAGAUGAAGCUCUCAAAGCAGUUGCGGACGCCGUACGCAUGCAAAGAGCUGGCUUAAGUGGGGAUAACCGCCCUCUGGCAUCAUUCUUCUUCCUCGGUCCUACCGGUGUUGGUAAGACGGAACUGUGCAAGAAGUUAGCCAAUUUCUUAUUCUCGACCGAAUCUGCAGUCGUAAGAUUCGACAUGAGCGAGUUCCAGGAGAAGCACACGAUAUCGAGACUUAUUGGUGCCCCGUCAGGCUACGUUGGCUACGAUGAUGCCGGCCAACUCACGGAAGCAGUGCGGAGAAAGCCGUAUGCUGUCCUGCUAUUUGAUGAGUUCGAAAAGGCACAUCGCGAUAUUUCCGCUCUGCUCCUCCAAGUUCUGGAUGAAGGUUACCUGACGGAUGCUCAGGGCCACAAAGUAGACUUCCGGAACACGAUAAUUGUCCUGACGUCUAACCUUGGUGCCAAUAUCCUUGUCGGCGCUGACGCACACCAUCCAUAUAGUGAGACUGCAGACGGUGAGAUCAGCCCCGAUGUACGCAAGGCUGUCCUCGACGUAGUCGCUAGUAGUUACCCACCCGAGUUCCUUAACCGUAUCGACUCAUUCAUCAUCUUCAAGCGUCUUACGAUCGACGCCCUAAGGGAUAUCGUUGAUAUCCGGCUGCGGGAGUUACAGGAACGACUCGACGACAGGCGUAUCACUUUACAGGUGGACGACACAGUUAGAAACUGGCUCGCCGAACGCGGUUAUGAUCCCAAGUUCGGCGCCAGACCACUCAACCGUCUCAUCACCACCGAGAUCAGCAACGGCCUUGCUGACAAGAUCAUCCGCGGAGAGCUCAAGAGGGGCGACAGAGCUACCGUUGCUGUCAAGGAGGAUAACACGGGUUUAGUGGUUUCCCCAAUCCCGGCGGAGAAUCCUUCGUAAAUAAGUUGUAGGUACCUAACUAUCUAGGUAUCCACCCACCCAUCCAUCACCAUGGCGUUCGUCGGUUUUGAGAUUUUAUUUGACAAAUGGAGUAAGUAGUAGGAAAAUGGCUUAUGAAGUUAUGAACCAAAAAGAAAAAUACCUCUUGGGCGGUCAAGAAAGGGGGAGGUGGAACCCCCGAUAUCACGCGUUUAUGAAAAUUGUAAUUGUACGAUGAGAAAAAAGAUAAGAUACCUACCUACCUCCUAUUUAUGCCAUGAGCUCUCGCCUCAAAUUGUAUUAUAAUGAUUUUACAUAGUUAACGCUACCUAUGCAUAUGUGUUACUUGCUGUA